CAAGCUUCCAAGUCAUUUGUUUACGAACCAUAAAAUUAUAAACCAUACAAAAAAAAGAAAAAAAAAACGAAAGAAAUGGCAGCUCCGGCAAUGGAGGGUAUAGCAGUGACGGCAUUAAGAUCAGUGAUGGGCCGCGUCCGGCAUGCGGCGGAGAGAGUUGGCCGUGAUCCGGGUGGCGUAAGGGUGGUGGCGGUGUCCAAAACUAAGCCAAUCUCUCUCAUCCGCCAACUCUACGACGCCGGCCACCGCAGCUUCGGCGAGAAUUAUGUCCAAGAAUUCCUUGACAAAGCUCCCCAGCUGCCAGAGGAUAUAGAAUGGCAUUUCAUUGGGCAUUUGCAAACCAAUAAAGUCAAAGCUCUUCUGGCUACAGUACCACAUCUUGACAUGGUUCACGGUGUAGAUAGCCAGAAGCUAGCGAAUCAUCUUGAUCGUGCAGUUUCAGCUAUAGGAAGAAAGCCUCUUAAGGUCUUGGUGCAAGUGAAUACCAGUGGAGAAACAUCAAAAGCUGGAGUUGAUCCACCAGCAUGUGUAGAGCUUGUGAAGCAUGUCAAGUUGGGGUGUCCGAACCUUGAGUUUCGUGGCUUAAUGACAAUAGGAAUGCCGGACUACACUUCUACUCCAGAGAACUUCAAGACACUUUCAAAUUGUCGAAGUGCGGUUUGCAAAGCACUAGGAAUUGCGGAGGAGCAGUGUGAACUAUCAAUGGGAAUGUCUGGUGACUUUGAGCAAGCGAUUGAGAUGGGUAGUACCAAUGUGAGAAUCGGAUCUACCAUAUUUGGCCCGAGGGAGUACCCGAAGAAACAGUGAAAGCCAUGAUGGUGCAUAACUACAUAUGGCCGAUUCAAAGCCACUCGGCUUUAGCAUGCUUCAUCAUAUUGUAUUCUUCAAGAUCCAGUGCAAGUUGUACUACGUACAUAGGUACAUUGUUGCGUAUAUACUCAUACACACUGGCUCUCAAGUUCUAAAAUUCUUGUGCUAGUUAGUUGGUUGUUGCCACAGACACUGGUUGUAAGCUGAAAUCUUAAUUCAAAAGGAAAACAUUUCCAUA